AUGUUCUCAUCACAUCGUCUCAGUGGACUUCGAAAGUCCAGUGGUGAAUUCAUUAAAGAGGAGGAUCAGAUCAAUAGUCACUUACUAGAAAUCAAUGCCAAAUUACGGAAAGUAAUCGAGAACAAACAGAAUGUGAAUGCCACAUUGCAACCAAUCCAAGCGUUGAUCGAUCGUAAUAAACUGAACAUCGGUUGCAAGUUAAGUGGUCCGUUACGCAAUAGAGUUAUAGCUCUUUAUAAUCAAGCAAAGAAAGCUUGCGAGGAAGAAGAGGCAUUGCUACGUAAGCUAUUGCAGAAGAUAAAUGAUAUUCACGAACUGGAAUAUAACGUAAAUAUUCAUCGUUCGUCGAUCUCAUCACCACCGUCCUCAUCAGUCACUGCAUCUGGCAGCAAUACCAAUAAAUCAUCGAAGACCGUACAGAUCAGACGUGGUGCAUUCAUGCAAUACUUGUUGCAUCAUGCCCGCAAUAUCCCGGUGUGGAUUAGUCCUGUGGAUAUUCAUCCACCUGCACUAGUUGGUGCCAUUCCAUUUCCAGAUUUUGCUGCAAUCAAGAUUGGAAGUGAAGUGGCAGCAUAUGUGAACGAAAUUUGGAUGUUAUCUGAAAUAGUAUCGGUGAAUGAGUCGAAUGGUGUUUAUGAGGUGAAGGACGUUGAUGAUGACAUUCAAAAUAAGUCGAAAUAUCUCGUGAAAAGAAAUCGAUUGAUACCGUUACCGAAUUGGAGAGCUGAUCCACAACGCGACGCACAUGCCCUGUUCCCGACCAAUUCGGUUGUAUUGGCACUGUAUCCUCAGACCACUUGCUUUUAUAAGGGUGUUGUCGAAUGGAUACCGGAGAAAGCGGCCGACGACUAUUUGGUAGCGUUCGAAGAUUCGUCGUUUUCGCAGGGAUUCUCACCGCCUCUACCCGUUCCACAGCGUUUCAUUGUUGCGUACAAGUUGAUUAAGUCGCAUAAGUGCAAUAAGCCGAAUAAACACAAUAAGACGAGUAAGCGAAAGGCAACCGCAAUCCAUCAUCGACGUGAUAAUGUCGACAGUAGUGAUGAUGAUGAAGUGGAUGAAUAA